UUGAAUUGAGCUUCUCACUAUGCCGAGCAAGCUGGAGGGUGCCAUGGACGCUCUUAUAACCGUCUUCCACACUUACUCUGGAAAUGAGGGUGACAAAUUUAAACUGAACAAGGGGGAACUUAAAGAGCUGUUAAACAGCGAACUCACUGAUUUCUUAAGGUCUCAGAAAGAUCCAAUGCUGGUGGAGAAGAUCAUGAAUGAUUUGGACUCCAACCAAGACAACGAGGUGGACUUCAACGAGUUUGUGGUGCUCGUGGCCGCCCUCACGGUAGCAUGCAAUGACUUCUUUCAAGAACAACAGAAAAAGAAGGGCAAUUAA